UGCACGUUUUUCUAGGUCAAACACGGCUUUUUUCUUCUCGCGGGUGGGAGAGGAAUUACACGCCGGUGAGAUAAUGAUUCACGCGGUUUCAUUAUCUCAUUGUCAGAUAUACACUGGAAACGUACUCCGCCUCGAAUCGUUUGAUCAAUUAGAGUCAAAGGGAGCAGAGAUUUUUGUCCCGAUCGCGAUCGGUCGCGAAAAAGUCCGUGCAAAAAGUCGAGAAAGGUGGAUAUGGUGGUUUCGAGAGGUAGUGUGACGUCACGUGCGUUCUUUCCGCGAUCGGUUCACUCGUCGAUCGCCGUUCGACCGGUAUGGUUUCGCCGAUUCCGUCUUCCUUGACUUCUUGAGAGGCCUCGAGAGAAGAAGUUGCGCGCAAUAACGCGAAUUAUCGAUCGCGACUUUUGGAUCGCGCGCGUGUGUCAAUCAGUUAUUUAUAUAUAUGUAUAAUAUAAAGUGCAAACGAUGAAGAAGCUAAACAUGUUCGCUCUUUUCAAGAAAUACACGUCGCGAAGCGAUCGCGAUGCAACGCCUUUGUUGAUGAGUAAUAAUGCGGAAAACGGGGUGAAUUAUGUGUCAGACUACAAUUCUCGAUGCAUUCGUAUCCGGUCUGAGAAGCGGCGUGAAAAGUCUCAAACAGGACUAUUAAGCAGAUUUUACUCCAAGAUCCAGAUCUCACCGUUGAUUACAAAAGCAUCUCACGAGGAUCUUCCGGUAGACAUGUCUCGAGCCCCUCUUAUAGCCUCUGGAGCACCUGAAGACGGUUUACAAAUCGAGGAUUGUUGCAAUACAGUCAUACUUGAGGUUGGAUUACCUGGCGAUACGUGGACGUAUUGUGUCAACCGAGACCAAUUAGCCAGAAAAUCAGAAUGGUUUCGGGCGAUGCUCACAGGUCCGUUAGCACCACCACUGGCAGAUUCACCCCCGUUGUUGCAGUUGCAACACGUUGACAAGCGGGCGUUUAAUCACUUUUACAAAUACCUUCACAACGAGCCCGUCAAUUUGAUAUCAGUGUCGACAGCCAGGGCUACGCUCAACGUGGCUCAUCAGUACCUUUGUCCAGGACUGGCGAAACUCUCUGUGUCAUAUCUCGAGAAUAAUUUAACACCAUCGACGGUACUCGAGAUUUAUCAAGGUCUGAGACUCUAUACAAACGAUCUGAGAGAGGGAGAACAUUCUGAUUUUGAUAGAUCGCCAAAUUCGCCGAUAGCACCGUCCGGAGACGACACCGGUGAGACAGUCGUUGGAUUACCUGUGUCCACCACUGUGUGCACCGAUCUUCUGCUCAAGUGCCUGUCUGUGAUCGACUCGAAUCCGGCGACAGUACUGGGCCAAGAACGUUUCGAGGAACUCAGCGCCCAGGAAGUUGCUGAAAUAGCAUAUCGCGAUACUCUAAAUCUCGGCAGCGAGUGCAUCCUGUUUUCCGCGUUGGACAGAUGGGCAGCAGCUGAAUGUAGAAGACAAGGAAUUGAACCUCUUCCGGUCAACAAGAGAUUUGUACUCUCGGACGACAUUUGCUUCAGCGUGCGAUAUCUCCUUAUGAACGAUCGGGAAUUCGUCAGUGGCCCUAUGGCAAGUGGUAUUUUGACGAACGAAGAGUGCGUACACAUUGUCUCCAAGAUACUUGGACAUCCCGAGAACUCGAAAAAUGAUAACCUUCGGAGUUCCGCUGCUGUUCAUCCGUCCAGAUUGUCUAAUGUGCCCAGGAUUGGCACAUAUAAAUGUGACGAAGACUGCAAUUUGUUGAGGCCGGGUAAAAAAGAACGGCAGGAUAAUCGAAAAAAUAGAAGAAAAGAAUGUGCCAGUCAAGGACAGAGAACAUGCGCUCGAAUUGGAAACUGCCUUAUACAAAUUCUAGCUUGCAUGUUUGAUUAAAAAAUGCUCGUUCUUGAUUAAGAAAAUUUUAAAAUCUCCCACCGAAAAAUAUAUUUUGUUAUUUUUUUAUAUCACUUUAUCAUCUUUUUGGUUACAAUAUCCUCGAGCUCGAGGAACCAAGAUAUAAUAAGAUAACAAAAAUUAAAAGCGUCACAAAAGUUAAAGAUAUGUUUAAUAAUUAUCUGAAAAAUUAUGGUAACAUUUAGUUACUUAUAAGGCAAUCAAAUCUGAUAUUUAUAGAUUAUCAGCAUAAUUGCAUAAUUAAAGUUUAUAUAUGUUACAGACUUUUUGUAAAAGCGAUCUUUUGUACAAAAAAUCUCAACUUAUUUAAAGCUUGAAAUUUUUUUAUAGAUGCACGUUUUAUAAAAAAAACUUAGGCU